CUUCUUUCUCCCACCUUCUCCUCAGCUCACUUGAGUCAUGGCUUCUUCAAAGCUCCGAGACCCCGCGGAUGAGGUUUUUGACCUGGAUUUGGCUGUGCCAGAGACCGCCAGACUGGACAGCAGUUUACACAAAGCCCGGGCCCAGCUACUGGCCAAGGGCCGGAGACACCGGCCCUCCCGCUCCAGGCUUCGGGACAGCGCCAGCUCCGCGGAGGACGGCGAAGGCUCCGACGGGCCCGGAGGCAAGGUCACCGACGGCUGCGGGAGCCCUCUGCACCGGCUGCGCUCGCCUCUGCACUCGGGCCCGGGCUCCCCGGCCGGCGGCUCUUUCUGCCUGGAGCCCCCGGGCUUGCGCCGCAGCCUGGACGAGGACGAGCCGCCGCCUUCACCGCUCGCGCGCUACCGGCCCCUGCACAACGCCGCGUCGCACGAGCCCUCCUCGGACAGCUCGCCGAGCUUCGUGCGCCGCCACCCGCGCGCCGAGCCGCACAGCGAAGAUGACAGCCGGGACGCCAGCCCCCCUGAGCCUGCCAGUCCCACCAUUGGCCUGGAUAAGAAGACGCGCCGGAAGUUUCUGGACCUGGGGGUCACCCUCCGCCGGGCAUCCACUGGCAAGAGCCGGAAGGAGAAAGGCAGCAACCGCCUGUCCAUGGGCAGCAGGGAGUCAGUGGAGGGCUCUGGCAGGUCAGCGGGCUCCCCGUUCCUGCCCUUUUCCUGGUUCACGGACAGCGGCAAGGGCUCGGCAUCCUCAGGCAGCACCACCUCCCCAGCCUGCUCCCCGAAACAUGAGGGCUUCAGCCCUAAGAAGUCAGCCUCCCAGGAAUCCACCCUGAGUGACGACUCCACACCACCCAGCAGCAGCCCCAAGAUCCCGAGUGGCCCUCGGGAGGAAGCCAAGUGCUCGUACCCCUACCACACGCUGUCCCAGUCUUCAGACGAGUUCCUGGAUGAGCCCCUCCCCGCCGUCCAGCACUGGACCAGCCAGCAGGUGGGCCAGUGGCUGCAGAGCCUCAGCCUGGAGCAGUAUGCCGCCGAGUUUGCUGCCCGGCAGGUGGAUGGGCCGCAGCUGCUGCAGCUGGAUGGAAGCAAACUAAAGAGCCUGGGCCUCAGCAACGCGCAUGACCGGGCACUGGUGAAGCGGAAGCUGAAGGAGCUGGCGGCAGCCGCGGAGAAGGAGCGCAAGGCACAGGAGAAGGCUGCGCGGCAGCGGGACAAGCUCCGGCGGCGCGAGCAGGAGGCCAAGAAGAGCUAGGGGUGGGCAGGGUGCGCGGCACUGGGCACGGCAGCCCGGCUCGGCGGGCACAGGCCUCACCAGGGAGGCCGGGGCUGCGCCAGGCUUGGGCUGGCCUGGCCCCACACUCGAGGGGCGCACGCCCCUCUCCCCGCCUGGACCGAGUCCCCGGGAGGGAGACCCCAGGGAGAGGGCCCCUGAAAUAAACCCGAUUUCCAGGACUUGCUUGGCACAGAGUUCCUGGGGGAGGCAGAGGAAGGGAAGAGGCAGAGAGGCCCAGGCUAAAGCAAGUCUAGGUGCCCUUGGGUCUGGCUGACCCUCUGCCUCUGCCAGGGCGCUGCUGGGCUGGAAACAAGCUAGGGCGCUUGCCUGCCUGUGCCCUAGGGAUCUUGACAGGCCGGGGUCCCCAGGCUCUGAGAAGGCUGGGCGUCUUGGCAGGGGUAGGUGACAGAGCCAUUCCCCUCUGAGGUGGCUGUGGGGGGCGGCAAGUCACACUCAGGGUAGACUCCCCCCCAGCGCCUCCAUGGGACAGCAGACAGCAGCAUGGGGUACACAGCGUCUGUGGACUCCCGGAGGGGCCAGGAGGCUGACAGGCCCUCCCCUGUCCCGUAGGUGCCUGUGGGUGGGAUGGCACCCACACACACAUCUGCCCUCCGGGAAGGGCUAUUCAGGACAGGGUCUUUGACCCACUCUGCAAGCCAGGUCCCACCUCUCCUCCUGCUCCCUGAGUGCCCCUGAGCCCUCUCUGGGGACACAGCAAACGUGGGAGCUGGUGGGGACAGAAGGGCGCCUCCCACCAGUGCCUGGGUGGGGCUGAGCCUUUAUCCCAGCCAGCAGAGGCCAAACCUGGGGUGUCACCUAGGAGCUGCUGGAUUGGAGGGGGCUUAUUAGCUGACUUCUGGCCACCUGUCCUGGCCACUGUGGGGCCUUAGUGCAGGCUCUGGUUCACUAGCAGGGGGUAGAAUUUACCAGCAGCCUGGGGGUGGCAUCGGUCCUUUUUAGGAGAUGACCAGAGACAGCCCAGGACCGUUCUGACCACUGCUGGCUCCACUUCCAGGGACACUGGUCAGUCACUGCGGGGGGCCCAGGGGUUUCUGAUGGGAACUUUCCCCACCCCUCCCAUCCGGACUGAACCAGCGCAUGCUGACAUCCUUGUUCCUGCCCGGGGCUAUGGCUUAGGGCCAGGCCUUGUCCCUGAGAUCAGCUCUUUCUUCCCCUGGGCCAUCUGUGCUGGGAGAGGGACUUCAGAGGGACACUAGAUAUGGAGCACCGGCACCAUCGGGCCCGGCAGAGGGGCUGAUGGGGAGGUUGGAAGGCACUUGCGUCCUUGGAGCCGUCAGGAGCCAUAGUAGGUGCCCACCUGCAUGUGAGGGGGGAAGAGGGUCUCAGUUUCUCAAUAAACACUUACAACGUGC